AUGGCAACUCUAUCAAAGAUCCGGCACGUGCGAGUUCUAGGGACGGAAUUCUAUUUCUUCACCGGCCCGAGUGAUCGUGACGGUGUCUCUUAUGCCCUCGUCCAGGCCCUAAAGCUUUUGCCUGGCUUGCAGCUUGACACCUUUACCGUUCUUUCUCCGGGCGAAGACGACUAUGAUUACGAAGUACUGGAUGAUCUUAUAGAGUAUGGCGACGGUUGGAAGGAGCUGCGAUUUAUCUGCCAGGUUUCAUCACAACUCGGAUACGAGUUUUCCGACAACGUCUACCGUUACAAGCACUCUCGCAACUAUCCGCGCAAGCCGCAGCCAGCCCACUGGGCUAGUGUCAUGAACACGCGCGAUGGUAUCCAAAAUCAACCGUCGGUUACUAUUUAUCGAUCUGUGCGGCUUGGCGAGCCCUGCUCUGUGAUGCACGAAGCAACGCGUGUGAUUAUCGAGCAAAUGGUAUUGAAAGAAAAGGAACCUGUCACUUUUGCAGAAAGACGUUAUCCCCCAGCUACGCCCCUCAAGAAGAAAGAAGAGGCACUGGAGGUUAUGGUUGUGGUGAAGCGCGGAAAAGCGAUAUCCGGAAAGAUUUCCCCCAUAAAUCGUGGGCAAAAAUUAAGUCGAGAUUUCUUCGUUGGAGUGGUGACGGCACUUAUCACGGCAGUUAUUGCUGCCACAUAA